AUGGGUUCUGGCGGUUACUGGGGAAAAGAUCUAGCAAACAACAACAAGAUCUUCCGCAUCCUCCAACAACACCAUCACCAAACGACUCCGCCGCUGCCGUCGACGACGUCGUCACGAACAACGAUGGAGCAGAAUACAGCUCAACAGUGGAAGCAGCAGCAGUCGUCCCCCUCGUCCCGCCAGGACGGUCGCGCGUUCGCCUGGAACCCACAGGCAGCGCCAUACCAGCCCUUGGCGGGCGAGGAGGACGACGACCAGCAGCUGCUGUUGGACGAACAACAGCAACAGCAGUGGCAGGCCGCCGCCUGGUACACCGGCUGGGAGCAACAGCCGCAGCAACAACAGCAUCAGCAGCAGUGGGAGCAGCAACAGCAGGGCUACGAACAGCCUGCUAUCACCCACCCCCAUCACUUCGGGGUUCCUUCCUUCUCACUCCCGCCGCCCUCCACCACCACCGAACCCUUCACCGCGCACGACAUGUCCGCCUGGCUCAAUCAGGUCAGCUUCUGGACAGCGCUCAUGCGCGAAGCCGCCGCCGCCGCGUCCACCGCCGGCGACAGCAACGGCGCAAACCACACAAUGCCGCCGUACCAGCAGUACCAGCCAGAGUACCAGCCGGAAGAUCUACUCCACUUCCAGCAGCAGCAGCAACACCAGCCUCACCACCACCAGGAGGAUGAACCAGACAUUACGCGCUGCCUGCCUGCUUGGCUCAUCUCAGCCGUCCAGACAAGCCUGCCACUGCAGCUCGAGUACGUCGUCCAGUACGAGAACCAAGCCGACGACGACAGCAACAGCCGCGUCGACCGCUUCCUAGCUUCAUCCUGGCGCCAAGGCCUCGCAGAGAGCCGGUGGGAGGGCUCGUGGCAGGGAUCAUCCGAGCCGCACGAGAGGUACGACGGCGUCGACUACUACUCCGAACCGUCCGACGAGCACCACCGCCGCCACCAGCAACAACAGGGCAUGCGCCGCAGAGGCUACGUCAGGCCGCGCGUCGCCACAGAGGCCGACAAGAAGAACGCCGACGACGACGAUGCGGAGGGCAUGUGGCUCGACCUGGGAGACGUGGACAGGAUGAGGUGGAGUGGGCUCAUGAAUGCCAUUCGGGGCGAUGAUGAUGAUGAUGAUGAUGAGGCGGAUCCCGGUGCGGAGCGCCGCCGACCUUUCGCCACGCUUGCUGAGUGGGAACGCAACUGGCCGAUUCCGGACGGAGAUGCCAUCUGGGGGAUGUACUGGGGAUGA